CUUUCAGUUUUCCCCGACGUACAGUGACGUCACUAUGCGUCACCUUUACAGCGGAAGUGCCGGUAGAAAGGCUGUGAGCGGUGUUUCUUGAAUGCUACUCGUUUUCGACAGGUGUCAUCAUGUCAAAGCAGUCGCUGGGGAAGACCUUGCUGAGGAACGUAAUCCGACAUUCAGAUGCCCACAAUAAGAUCCAGGAGGAGAUGGAGAUGUGGAAAAUGCGAGACUGGGAGAAACAAACGUCCAGCCGCAAACAAUUGUCAGACACGGAGUGUGUGAGACGUCACCUGCACUGUGAUCGAGUUCCAGACGAACGGGAAAGCGUGAGCCGAAGCAGAGUCUCAGAACAUGACGACAGAGAAGCACGAUACUGGACUCGUCAACUGUAUGAAUUUGAGGCUACUAAUCCUGACAGGUGGGGGCACAGUGGCUUUAAGGAGCUUUAUCCUGAGGAGUUUGAAAGUGACAGUGAAAAAGACGGUUCCUCAAAGAAGAUUGGACGGCACAAAAUUAAAAAGUCCAAAUCCGACACGGAGGCCUGCUUAUCAAAACAUUCCAAAAAAUCAUCUCGGAAGAAGAAAAAGAAAAAGAAGAAGAAAGGUGAGGAGGAAAAGCGCAAGAAAGGUGAGCGCUCAAGCAGCGAGUGCAGCAGCGAUGACAGCAGAGAUAUUAAGGACAAGCACAAGAGAAAAAGGACUAAAAGUCGACACAAAAACAAGAAAGCUGCAAAAACCAGGGGGAGGGGUGAGGACACCAGCUCGGAGGACAGCGAUGAUGAGGCAGGGAGGGAGAGACGGAAUCACGGGCGCAAAAAGCGAAAACACGACUCCCAGAAAGACUCGGACUCGGGGCCAAACUCUAAAAAGAAGAGGAGAAAAAACUGGAAGGCGGCAGGUGAUGGGAGCUCGGAUGAUAGUUCUGCAGACUGAGAUGACGGGUAUGAAUGGACAGAUAGCUCAGGUAACAACCAGGAAAAUGACUCCAGGCUUCUUUGUCCACAUUAACACCGUGGAGGGCUUUUCACUGCGGGGGGGGGGGGGGGGGGGUUCUGUAUUGUAUUUUGUUUGACAUCAACAAACCUGUGUCUCCUCGGGCACUCUGCAAUAUCUCAUCACCUCUGCAGUGGUUUGAAGCCCACUGUACAGCAGUACAGUCAGCAGGCGGCGUGAAGAGGGAUGGUGGUUGAUCCACCAUCUGUCUCAUCAGGAAUCCUGUGGACCUCAGGCUCGCUGAUUGAACGCAGACUCUCAUCUCACACGGAGACCUUCUGCCAGGAAAUGAUCAGUAUUUUAACUUAAUUUAAAUGUCAACUUGCGCAACAUUCUUCAUCAGUUAUAAGAAUGUGCAUUUUAUUCACGUUUUUAGCUUUGUAAAUUGUAAUAUUUGUACGCACAUUGAGUGAAAAAAUAAACAUCUCUUUUACAUUUUUUAA